UUCUUCAUCUCUGUUUUUUAGAACAAAAAAAGGAAAAGACCUUGCUUUGCUUUGGUUUCUCAACCCCUUUGUCCCUUUGCUCUCUCACAGAACCAAUUUGCUCUUGGAGCAGUUGGAUUGUGGGGGAAAAAACAGCCACAAAAUCCAUAGAAUAAGAAUAGAAACUCUUCUUCUUGCUCCUCCUCUUUGCUUUUCUCUUGUGUGGGCUCUGUUUGUGCUCUGCUUGGUCUUUGUUGGGUCUUUUGGGUGUUGGUGCCAUGAUUUUGUUGGCUUUGUGGUGUUUGGGGCCUAUUCUUGUGUAGUUGUUGGGUGGGAGUUUGGAGAGGUGUUUGCUCAUGUUUUUUUAGUUGUCUGGAGCUUUCUUUUUGGGGCCUGGGAUUGCUGAAACUGGUUCAAAGUUAAGGGGGGGUUUUGGUUGUUCUUGCUAUUCUUGUAAAUGUGUAAUUUUGUGUGGCUUUUCAGGUUCCUUUGGUUGAUUUUUGAGUUGGCUUUUGAUUUUGAUUGAGGUUUUUUUGCCCCUAAUUAUUAUAUGUUAUUUGUAGGUGAAUUCUUUGGUUUCUGUUUGAAUUUUUGAGUUCCAUUCAGGAUCUGAAUUUGGGAGAGUGAGCUCUCUGAGUGGCUUUGAUUGAGAUGUUGGGUUUAAGAAAUUUUUCACUUUGUUGUUAAAUGUUUAUCAAAGUUUUCACUUUUCACUUCCACUAGAAUUUAUCAGAAUGGCAUGUGUGAAACUGGGAUCAAAAGCAGAUGCUUUUCAGAGGAGAGGUCAAGCCUGGUUUUGUACAAGUGGCCUUCCUAGUGACGUUACUAUUGAAAUCGGUGAAAUGUCUUUUCAUCUUCAUAAGUUCCCUUUGAUAUCUAAAAGUGGGCUUUUAGACAAAUUGAUCCGGGAGAAAACCGAUGUGGGAGAAGAGGGUUGUGUCAUACAUCUGCAUGAUGUUCCUGGUGGCGUGAAAGCAUUCGAGCUAGUUGUCAAGUUUUGCUAUAGUAUGAAGUUUGAAUUGACUGCGUCCAAUGUUGUGUAUCUUCGAUGUGCCGCUGAGCAUCUACAAAUGACAGAAGAAAUUGCAGAGGAUAACUUGAUUUCUCAAACCGAGGUCUUCUUUAAUCAAGUGGUUCUACGAAGCUGGAAAGAUUCUAUUAAGGCACUUCAAUCAUGUGAUGAUGUACUUCUGUUUGCUGAAGAUUUGCAUAUCGUCAAGAGAUGUAUUGAAUCUUUAGCUGUAAAAGCGUUUACCGACCCGAAUUUGUUUGGCUGGCCAAUGAUGGAGCAUGGAGCAAGGCAAAGCCCUGGAGGGAGCCUUUUGUGGAAUGGAAUUAGCACUGGAGCUAGGCCAAGGAAUUCUAGUUCUGAUUGGUGGUAUGAGGAUGUGUCCUUGUUGAGCUUUCCUAUGUAUAAGAGAUUGAUCUCUGUCAUGGAAUCUCGAGGAAUUAGACAAGAAAUCAUCGCUGGUUCGAUAACUUAUUAUACCAAAAAAUAUUUGCCUGGCUUGAACAGGCGACAAAGUGUCAGUGAAACUAGCAGUCAGCUUCCAUCCUUAACAAUGACACUUGUUCUAUCUGAGGAAGAACAGAAGAAUCUUGUUGAAGAGAUUAAUAGAUUGUUGCCUGUUCAGAAGGGCAUAACAUCAACCAAGUUUUUGUUCGGCCUUCUCCGCACUGCUAUGAUUCUGUCGGCAAGUCCAUCCUGCAUUUCUAACUUGGAGAGGAUGAUCGGGAUGCAACUUGACCAGGCCACCAUAGAAGAUUUGUUGAUACCCAACUUCUCAAGCUCCAUGGAAACUCUCUAUGAUAUUGAUUGCAUCCACCGUAUUCUAGAGCACUUCUUGGCCAUGGAUCAGGCGACUGGUGGUGCUUCGCCUUGUGUAGUCGAUGAUGAGCAUUUGGGAUCCCCAUCUCUCACGCCUAUCACUACAGUUGCCAAGCUUAUCGAUGGUUUCCUAGCAGAGGUUGCCCCGGAUGUUAACUUAAAGCUGCCAAAGUUUCAGUCUUUGGCUGCUGCUGUACCUGAAUAUGCUCGCCCAUUAGAUGAUGGACUCUAUCGUGCAAUCGAUAUAUACUUGAAGGCACACCCAUGGCUCACAGAAACUGAGAGGGAGCAGCUAUGCCGUGUGAUGGAUUGCCAGAAGCUCUCCCUCGAAGCCUGUACUCAUGCUGCUCAGAAUGAGAGGCUUCCGCUUCGAGUCAUCGUCCAAGUCCUCUUCUUCGAACAGCUUCAGUUGAGAACCUCUAUCGCCGGUUGCUUCUUGGUCUCUGAUAACCUUGAUGGGUCAAGACCGUUGAGAAGUGGUGCUCUCCCGACCUCUGGCGAGGGCGGUGGAUGGGCUACGGCCAUUCGGGAUAACCAAGUCUUGAAAGUAGGCAUGGACAGCAUGCGGUUGAGAGUCUCUGAGCUAGAAAAGGAGUGCUCGACCAUGAAGCAGGAGAUCGAAAAAUUAACUCAAGGGAAGACUGGGUGGAGUGAUCUUCCGAAGAAAUUCGGGUUGAAGAUCAACUCACAGAUGUGCAGUGCUCAAGGGGAUUCAGUGAACAAUGAGAAGAACCAGACAGGUAAAGUAGAGAAACAGAGAGUGAAGCUACCGAGGAAGCACAAGAAGCAAAUAUCAUCAGACGAGUCAUCGUAGUUCUUCUUAAACUUUUCGAUUGGUUUUCUUAAGAUGUUUUAAGUGUGAAUUUCGAAUCAGUUUGAUGCCAUACAUGUAUAUGUUGUCUUGGAAUGCUAGUAUUUUCUUUUCUAUUUAUGACAGUUUUGAUUGAUCA